AUGGCUGUCAGUGCGUUUGAAGCAGCGCUCAUCGAAACAUGGACACUCUUCGCCGUAGGAAGCAUCGUUAUUAUGAUGAGAAUUUUCUGUCGCACGAAAAUGGUUGGAUUCGCGGGAUACUGCGGUGACGACUACCUUAUUUUCUUCGCCUGGGCCUGUUACACUGCAAUGACAGUUGCGGCACAUAUUGUCGGCGGAACUGGUGACACGUCUCACCUGACGCUCGAGCAGCGAUUAUCCUUCUCCCCAGAGGAAGCCGCCAUGCGUCAGAAAGGGACCAAAUGGUUUAUGGUGGGAUGGUACACCUACAUUGGGCUAAUCUGGACACUCAAGUUCAACUUUUUGUUCCUCUCUCGGCGCAUCGUUAGCGUCAGUCACAUCAGGAUUGUCAUCAUUCCGACGAUGGCGUUUGUGGGGGCCACGGGCGUGGCUAUUUGGAUUCUCUUUGCAACAGCAUGUCGACCCUUUCAUAAGCUUUGGCAAAUCCUCCCAGAUCCGGGAAGACUCUGCAUGCCGCAAAGCCCCGUCUUCCUUAUCACUGUUCUCGUGCUCAACCUCGUCACCGACAUGUGUAUUAUCAUCAUCCCGAUACCUAUUAUAUUGCCUCUGAGAAUCACCUGGGCCCGCAAGAUUGGAAUCAUAUUCAUGUUCAGUGCUGGAAUAUUCGUCAUGAUCGCAGCAGUCUUGCGGGUUUACUUCGUCUUGUCACUCCAGCAAGGACAAACAGCCGCAAUCUGGUCCUGUCGGGAAGACUUCGUCGCGAUCGUCAUUGGGCAGGCUACCAUGGUUCGUCCCUUAUUUACACAUCGGUUCUGGACCCGCGUCUCUACAAACUCUUCGACAUACGAGCUUUCCGGUGGAAGUUUUACGAAAACCCCACGGCUGGGUUUUCGCACGGUAAAAGAUCCGUACCACGUCAGCGUCCUGCGCACUCAAGGAAAUGAAAGCGAGGAGCACAUCAUAUCAGGUGGCUCACAGAAAGGUGUUACCGCUCCAUGCAAUAUAAGGCAAGAGGACGGGAUGUAUGGGAUGCCGAUGAACUGA